UUUGUUCAAUAAAAAAUUAUCAAUCAAAACAAUAGGGAGGGAUAUUAAUACUUAGGUAACAUUUAUAAAGAUCCUCAAAUUUUCCCAAAAUGACCCCCCAAAUAACAAACAAGCCCUUUAUCUUCUUUCAUCCUUCCAUAUUUUUCCAGGAAAACCAAAGACAACAACUUUGCUUUUCCUCAAGAAACUAAAAUUCCCAUUAACUGCAAAAAAAUGAUGCUUCAAUCUACAACUUCAGCAUCAAGUCCCCAUUUUCUGUCCUCAUCUCUUACAUAUUCACACAAUUUCCCAUCUAGGUCUUGCUCCUUUAUCUCUUUGCCCAACUGUAGACCCUUAAAUCACUCAAUUCAGUGCUCAAUUUCUCAAGUUUAUAGCUAUGGAACUGUUGAUUAUGAAAAAAGACCAAUGCUAAAAUGGAAUCAUAUUUAUAAAAGGAUUUCUGUGAUGGAGAACCCAGAAAUGGGGGUUGCUUCUGUAUUGAAUAAAUGUGAAAAAGAAGGUAAGAAAUUAACUAAAUGGGAACUUUGUAGGAUUGUUAGAGAGCUCAGGAAGUUUAGAAGAUUCAGACUUGCUCUUGAGGUCUAUGAAUGGAUGAAUAACAGAAUAGAGAGGUUCAGAUUAUCCAGCAGUGACACAGCCAUUCAACUAGACCUAAUCGCCAAAGUUCAAGGCGUUUCAAAUGCCGAAAAUUAUUUCUUAAGGUUACCUGAUACACUCAAAGAUAAGCGAAUCUAUGGGGCUCUCCUGAAUGCCUAUGUAGGGGCUAAAGAAAGAGAAAAGGCGGAGUCUUUGAUGGAGCGGAUGAGAAAUAAAGGGUACAUUGUUCACUCGCUUCCCUUCAAUGUGAUGAUGACUCUUUACAUGAAAUUCAACGAGUAUGAUAAUGUUGAAAAGCUGGUUUCCGAAAUGAAGCAGAAAAACGUACAACUUGACUUAUACUCUUAUAAUAUUUGGCUUUCUGCUCGAGGGUCCCAAGGUUCGGUUGAAGGGAUGGAACAAGUUUUUGAAGAACUAAACUUAGCGCCAACUAUUAUUCCCAAUUGGACUACUUACAGCACUUUAGCUGCUGUUUAUAUCAAGUUGGGGCUUCUUGACAAAGCAGAAAAGUGCCUUAAAGACCUCGAGACGAGAAUCACCGGACGAGAUAGAACACCAUAUCAUUAUCUUUUAAGUCUUUAUGGAAGCUUGGGAAACAAAGACGAGGUUUACCGUGUGUGGAACACAUAUAAAUCGAUUUUCCCAAAUAUCCCGAAUUGGGGUUAUCAUGCUGCCAUCUCUUCACUAAUCCGGUUAGGCGACAUUGAAGGAGCUGAGAAAAUUUAUGAAGAAUGGCUACCCGUGAAGGUUUCGUAUGAUCCCAAAGUCGCAAAUCUUCUCAUGGGAUGGUAUGUAAGGGAAGAACCUUUUGAGAAAGUUAAGAGUUUCUUUGAUCGAAUGGUUGAAGGAGGCGGGAAACCGAAUUCGGGCUCAUGGGAGAUUCUCGGAGAAGGUCACAUUAAAGAGGGGAGGAUUUCUGAAGCUUUAUCUUGUUUCCGGGAAGCUGUAUCUGCAGAAGUUCCGAAAAUUUGGAAGCCUAAACUCUCGAAUGUAUCUGCGUUUUUGGAGUUAUGCGAACAAGAAGGUGACCACAUCAACAAGGAAAAUUACGUUUUGUUGUUGAAGCAACUUGGUUGCUUUCAAGAUGUAACCUAUCGGACACUUUUAGUCGAACAUGGUAUAGAAGUCGGAGAUAAUGAAGAGCGGUUUGUGUCUGAAAACUAACCCGAGAUUGGCAUUGAAAGUGAAGAGACUGAAACCGAAGAAUCUAAUAUGCUUCUGUCUAUUGCAGAGUAACGAAUGGUUGUCGAUGAUAUGUGUUCAUUUGUGUAAUGGUUCUAUGUCAGAUAUCUAUGAUGCAUGAUGUCAUUUGCUGUAAGAGCCAGUUCCAGAGCUCGGGGAGGUCAGAUUAAUACCAUUCCUGCAAUAUUCUACAUGGGUUUUUGUCCUUUGCUAUAAAUAGCCUUUCAUGACCUCGAUUUUCUCUUGGAUAUCUCAUCUCUAUUGUAUACCGAAUUGUCUCUGUUACUAGUUAGGUUGCAUAUCAGUUGUGCAACAUGUAGUGUGCUUGGUCAUGUAUAUGAUUUUGGUUUUAUUUGCUAUCACUAGAAGAUCCUUGAGAUGGAAUUUGUAUGAGUUUGUACUUCUAAAUGAUGAUUAUAGUUGAUGCUUCACAAUUUUGACAA